UUUGCUUUACUUUACUUGGGCUCAAGAAGUAGCCUCUCCAGCAAAAGUUGCGUUUGGGGAGUAACACUUAACUUUAGUGUUUGUGCUUCACUGUAUCCACUCGUUUAGAGACUAGAGGUGAAACCUAAAGACUUUUGUGUUAUUUUCUUCUGUUAUUUCAUCCAUGUAACCAAACUGAAACUUCCAGCUCAUAUCUGGAAGAAUGUGAGCCACUGGAGCUCAGAUUGUAUGGAUGCAGAUGAGGCACGAUGCUAGCGGGCUAACUGGCUACUAAGGACACCGUGAGUGUCGACAUUAUCUGAAGAACAGCAGCGGGAACUCAAUCUACUGACGUCUAUGGAAGGCAACGGAGAGAUCAGUGAUACGGACAGCGGGAUCAUCCUUCAUUCAGGCUCUGACAGCCCAACAUCACACACGAAGGAUGUGACCACACACACGCGAGCCAUGAAGCUCAAGCACCAGGCACUCCAGGACCGGCUAGAGAUCUGCAUACUGGAGCUGAAGAAACUCUGCAUCCGAGAAGCUGAGUUGACAGGCCAGCUGCCAAAAGAUUAUCCUCUACUGCCAGGAGAGAAGCCGCCGCAGAUUCGCAGACGCAUCGGUGCUGCUUUUAAACUGGAUGAACAAAGCAUCCCUCGAGGAGCAGAGGAGUCAGAACUGAAUUUAGUGGAUGCUGAGUUAUCGCUGCAGAUGAAGAUAUACGAGGCAGCGCGUAAGCUCUGCGAAGAAGACCACCUGAGCAAAGCUGUUAAAAGAAGCCGCUUGCAACAGUGCAAACGAGAGGAGAAGAAACUCAAGCAGCUACAAGAGGCGGCUUUUCACCUGCGACUGGAGCACGGUCGAUCAUCACCACUCCCUGCUUUUAAUAUUACACAACAAGAUCUGGGUACAUCUGAUGACAGCUCUCUGUCUGACUCUGUAGUUCAAGAUGAAGAAGUGACGAGCCAGUCAUCACAGCCGUCCUCAGGACUGCCUUAUCCAGGAGAGACAGAUCCCCCACAGCCGCUCCCCGUGUCUUCUCUGUCCUCCAUAGACGGCUCCUGCCUGUCUCCAUCUGUGGCUCCACAGCCACUGCCCCUGACCCCGUGCCAGUCUCCCCAUCCGAGCCUCGACUCUACGCUGAGUCUAAACUCAAGCCCCACAUACGACCCUCCUCCCAUCCAGCAUUCUCCGUGGACAGAGUCCAGUCUUGACAAACCAUACCAGAAGAGCAAGAAGUCACGUUCCUCCAGCAACACCAGCAGUCCAGCCAAGACUGAAUUGUUGCCACCAUUGGAGGCUUGUUUGGCGCAUUCUGCUCUGCCGCUGCAGCUUUCCCAUCUGAGAGUGUGCCGCACCCAGUCCAGCAGCGCACCCUCCACACCAGAGAUGCGUGUGCACAGACAACUCUCCCUCAGGUUAUCCAACCCUGACUCUUCAUUUGGCCCAGAAAAGGAGCGCGGUCGCACCAGAGGUCCAAGGAGGCGACUGACAGAAUAUGCGAUAACUUUACCAGGGACUCCUCCUCCUACAGUGAAUUAUGGAAACCUUGCUAGCUCUGAGGACAGCAACUCUGAACACUCAUUUACAUCUUACACCAGCUCCCCGUGUCAGGAAUUGCCUUGUGAUUUGCCCAAACAGUAUCAGUCUGCAUUCCCGCACUCUAGCCCAGUUGGCAGCUAUGGACCUCAACUCUUCCAACGCACUGGCUUUUACCACAAUCCCCGGAACCAGUCUAGUCCGAGUAUUCACGAAUAUUACAAUGAGGAAAUGAUCUACUCACCUGAUGCGGACAUGACAAGGAGCUAUUACGCCCAACAGGCUCCUUGUCCUUCCAACAGAUAUGACUAUCGGUACAAAGAGGCUGCUGUGCCCCUGCAGAGAGCGCAGAGGCCUUUACCCCCUGAUAUUAGACUCUCCCCCUCCCCGGUACAAUGGGACCACCCACACUACCGUUCCGGUGGCCUCCCACGACAAGUGGUGAAUGAACAGCUAAAAUCGUGGCACUGGCGCAGUCAGAUUAAAACUCCCAGGGCUCGUUCUCUUGACAGGCAGGGAGCAGUCAGAGUGAAAAACAUGUCAGCUCGGGAGUCACCCUGCUACCAGAAUCAGAAGUACCACGAACAGGUUAUGCAAAGAAGGGCUCUCCAAAGAGCUGCAGAUGACACUCAAGGGCACUGGGUUGGGUUGGAAGACGGCUCCCACUAUGUAAGUCAACUGUAAAGAGACGAAACAUGGACUCCAAACUGAACAUGUGAGCUCAGAGGCUGCAGCUGGAUUAAGUAGUCAGAAAACUGAGUUGGAUAAAGGAACUUUUGUAAUGAAAGUGUGUCCUGUUUUCUCUCCUGCCUGUAUGUGGAGGCAAGAUGAAAAAACCUGAACAUCUUACAAUAUAAUGCAAUUUUAGAACAAAAACACCACAAACUAUGGCCUCAAAUGUGGAAUCAACAUCUCUCUGACAGAUUCUCAAAAACUAAAAAACUCUAAAAAAAAAAAAAAAAAAUUAAACAAAAAACUGAACAUUUUAAGACAAAGUUGAUCACGGAGCUGCUGUAUGAGAUUGGAGUACAUUACUGUAAAGUGCACCUAUUGUUUCUGUCCACUCUCUGUGUGCUGUUUUGUACUAACAGUUACAAACAAAACAAUGAGUUUAAUGCUUGUUUAAUGUGAUGAAUUGAAAAGGGUAUAAACACUCGUCAUUACUGAGCGCUGUUUUUGAUUUGCAAAUGUGUGUCUCGAGUUUUUCUGCAGUUUGGCAGUUAGGGAAUAAAGUGCAUGUAUGAAGGAAAUGAAUCAAUUGUAAAUGUAAAUAAUAAUGUAAAUGAUCAACAUAUCCCCCUUUUUAAGACUUCAUAGAUUAAGUACAUUUGUGUGUAAUGUUGCCUUGAUUGAGUCAAUGAACUUUAGCUGCUUAAAUUUAAAAUCCCAGUUUUGUCCUCUUAAUCAUUUACUUUUGGAGGCAAACUUGGCUUUUUAUACCAACGUGUGUCUGUGCCUCUUAACUUGAAUUACUAACUAGUUGUAACUAGAUAUUAACUUACUCACAUCAGAUACUAAGUAGCACAUUAAGACAAAAGUCUUGAUGCUUGGCAGCUAUUAACGUGUCAAAUUGAAAUUUAAAUGAGCUUUAACAGGGUCUGUGUUGGUGAACAAGAGUGAGUUUGAGACAGCAGAUCACUACAGACCAAACUUUUUGUUAGCACCAAUUCAUAUCAAACUCUGAGGUGAGCUGUACUGAAAUGUAUUUGAAACACUGCCAAUAAAAACGUCCACAUCUCAACCAAACAAGCUUUUGAUGACAGAUCAUUUGAGAAUGAGAGCAAAUUACUGUCAGUUCAAUUAUAGCUACACACUGAGUCGUCUCUCACAGUGAUCUAUUUAUUUGUUAAUUUAUUAUGAUUUGCACCAUUGGACCAAAAUUUGGGAAGUCAGACUUGAAAUCAGUGAAGACGUGGACUGAGUUUGUGAAAUCCAGCAGCAGUAAAGACUGUGUUUAUUUGUAUAAACGUAAGAGACCACAAUCAUGUUACUUUGUGAGCAUUUUUUUUUUAACUGUCUUUUGUUAUUUAUCUUUUUUUUUUCCAGUUACAGUAGUUUUAAGUAUAAUGUUGCUGUUAAGAUAUCUGUGAAAAUGUUUUCCCUGUGGAAGUAAAUAAAGAAUAAUGUUUGCA